CUCUUCACAAUGAAAUCACAAUCGCCAUUGUUUCUGUUAUUGAGAUCUCCCUCCAUCAGAUCUAACACUCCCCACUAAAUUUCUUCUCUGUAUAGAAUACACUUCUCGAUUUCGAAUAAUCGUCUGAAACUACAAAUUUUGUUUAGCUACAAAAUAAAAAAAAAAAUGGCGCAGCAACAGUUCCUUCACCAGCGUCCAAUCCAAAACCCAUUCACAAACCCGUUCUCGUCCUCUCCUCUUUCUAAUUCAUCAGCCUCGAACCGUCCAAUCUCACUCUUCAGCCGCAACGGUCUCCUCCUCUUACUCGCUCUCCUCGUUAUCCUCGGCGUAUUCUUACCCUGGGCUGGAUCUCCUUUAUUCCCGUUUCCAAACAGGCUCUCUUCUUCUCAAUCCAGAUGGCGCGACUAUUCCCUCUCUCAAGCCGCCAAGUUCGUCGCUAAGAACGGUACCGUGAUCGUCUGCGCCGUGAGCUAUCCUUACUUGCCUUUUCUCAACAACUGGUUGAUUAGUGUUUCUAGACAGAAGCAUCAGGAUCAAGUCCUCGUCAUCGCUGAGGAUUACGCUACUCUCUACAAGGUUAACGACAAGUGGCCUGGUCACGCCGUUCUCAUCCCUCCGGCGUUCGAUUCUCAGACGGCUCACAAGUUCGGUUCCCAGGGUUUCUUCAAUUUCACAGCACGUAGGCCGCAGCAUCUCUUGCAAAUUUUGGAGUUAGGUUACAAUGUAAUGUACAACGAUGUUGAUAUGGUCUGGUUGCAAGAUCCGUUUCAGUAUUUGGAGGGAAAGCACGAUGCAUACUUCAUGGAUGAUAUGACUGCAAUUAAGCCGUUGGAUCACUCUCACGCUUUACCACCUCCGGGUAAAAAGGGGAGGACUUAUAUAUGUAGCUGUAUGAUUUUCUUGCGUCCCACUAAUGGCGCAAAACUUCUCAUGAAGAAAUGGAUCGAGGAACUUCAGACCCAACCUUGGUCCAGAGCCAAGAAAGCAAAUGAUCAGCCUGGUUUUAACUGGGCACUUAACAAAACAGCUCAUCAGGUGGAUCUCUACUUGCUUUCUCAGGCAGCAUUUCCAACAGGAGGAUUGUAUUUCAAGAACUCGACAUGGGUAAAAGAGACAAAGGGAAAACAUGUCAUAAUCCACAAUAACUACAUUGUCGGUUUCGAGAAGAAGACCAAACGAUUCCGUGACUUUGGUCUAUGGCUAGUCGAUGACCAUGCUUCAGAGUCUCCAUUAGGGAAAUUAGAGUAAAUCGAAAAAAGAAAGAUUGUCUAUCUCUCUCUAUCUAUCUCUGUCUAUCUUUUUGUUAUUGGAAUUUUUCAGGCCGCAAAAAGGAGAAAGAUCCAGUGAGUAAAUUAGUUUACAUUUUUGGGGGUCUUUAAAGUCAUGUGAAAAGGUGUUUAUAUGGCUAAGUCAAUACCACGUGAGUUGAGUUUGGUAAUGUAGAACUGCUAGAAUUGGCCGUCGAGUCUGACAAAUCGAUGAUAUUCAAGUCAGUUUGCAAUCAGCAUUUACACCCAUGGAUUUCAUAAUUUCUGGCAUAUAUGGUGUGGGUUUAACUUUAACAAAAGGGGAAAUAACAAAACGGUAUCAAGUGCUUUUGGAUGAUUAUGUUAUGUUCAUAAAGAUAAGAAAUUAAAAUUUUGUUUGUUGGGA